ACGAAACAUUGCUUGUAUUUCGUAUCGAUUUAGCAAAUAAGUCAGGCUGCAAAAUACCCUAUAUGUCACGUGUGCCCUUAUUAGUCGUAAUAUCACACGAAACACAACAUAGAAAAACUAACUUCGCGACACUAACAUCAUUACUCUUUGCUCGUCAUGUUUCAGGCCAAAGACAAAGGCAUUCCAUCUAUGAACAGCACUACAACAGUUGAAGUACUGGUCAUCGAUACUAAUGACAACCCACCAGUGUUUACGAAACCCGUGUACACUGCGUCAGUACCAGAGAACGCUUUCGGAGGAUUUCAGGUAAUACGAGUUACAGCGCUGGACGCUGACGAAGGAAACAAUGCUGCUGUUACUUACAAUAUCAUAGACGGCGCAGACGGAAAGUUCAUCAUUGAAGGAUCUUCUGGCAUUGUUCGUCCUUCUAGCCGUCUUGACUACGAAUCGAUGGCGGACAAGUUUUACAUUCUAAAUAUUUCUGCAACUGACAAUGGCCAUCCGCAGUUUACGUCGUAUACUGUCCUUAAUAUCACCGUCACAGACUUUAACGACAAUCAACCUAAAUUCUCACAAAAUUCCUACAACCUGGGCGUGUCCGAGGAUGCUACGGUAGACACUUACUUUGAUCAAAUCAUUGCGACUGACGAAGACGCUGGAGAAAACGCAAAGAUAACAUAUUCCCUGAAAGAAGAUGAAGGUAUAUUUUUCAUCUCGCCUGAAACGGGGAAGUUAAAGAUCCUGCGGGAACUAGACCGAGAGACAAAGGACAGUUACCGAAUCACCGUCAUAGCCAGUGAUAAUGGCGCCCAUAGGCUUUCGUCUCAAGUGGAGGUCUUUAUCCAAGUUUUUGACGUAAACGACAAUUCGCCUGAGUUUACUCGCGAUUUGUACGCGCGGAAGCUGGUUGAAAACGUUGCUGUUGAUACAGUGGUGCAAGUGGUGCAAGCCAAUGAUGCCGACGUCGGCAAAAAUGGUCACGUGCGGUACAAUAUUACGUCGGGAAAUGAAGCUGGUAAUGUAUCUGUAAAACUGUAAACUAUUACUAGUAUAUUACACUGAGAAUUUAGCUGAGAUCAAAUAAUCAAUGAACUUGGCUAUAGCUG